AAGGUCAUUUGUGACGUCAGAAACACCAGCGAUUUCAAACUGUGUUUUUGAGACUGUCUUUGCUUCACUGCAAUACUUUUUUUGCAAAUGGGUAUUCUUAAAGCAUAUUAAAAACAACACGCAGAAAUAAAACAGCAUUAAAAGCCUAAUUUUCAUGUGUAUUUGUGAAAAACAGUGACGUCAAGUGACAUCGCCAUCUACUGGCCAGGAAUGUACAAUAGUAAAGCGUUUACGAUGCAAAGAAAAAAAAUGUCAUUGUCAUGUAAACGCACCCCAAUUCUAUUCUCAGCUAAAGAAAACAAUAGUGGCAUUAUUAUGUAUAUAGGCGCCCUAUAUAAAAUGGUUCACCACAUGAUGAUUCACUACUGUUUACUACAUUAGGCAGAUUUGGUGGAUGAUUAAUUGCAUUUGAUGCAAAGUGUGUUAUGAAAUUAAAUUGUUUAAUUCAUAAAUUAUUCAUAAUCUAUAAUCCUGAGAUGAUCUUUUCCCCAGGUUGUGUUGGUUUUGCACGCGGUUAGAUUCAGGAUAUGUUACACUGAGGUUUGACCUAAUUUUCAGAUGUGUCAAUCAUCUCUCAAAUACACAUUUUUAAUUCACAUUCAUUCAUAAUGCAUAUAUUGUUAUAAAUGCAUUUUUCAUUCUUUGACUUGUUUACAGUCACUCUGAUCAUAUGAAUUGGUGGUUUUAUGAUCUGUAAAUGUAGGUUAUGUGUGUAUAUAUCUUGUUGAUGUCAUCAUGAUCUCCCUUGAGCUUGGGAAAGGCACUUUAUACUGAUGAUUAUGAUUUGCAUGAUCAGCCCCACAUACAGGAGGUGAUGCCCUCAUUCACAGUGAUUUUCACGUCUGUGAAGUGAAUUCAUGGGCUUGUGUGAACUGCAAAACACAUUUGAAAUGUAAUUUAUUGUGUGAUGCAGAAAUUAAUUAAUUGCGAAUCAUCACGUUACAAUCUGAGCGAUCUCCUUUUUUGCCUUUUAUAAUAUGCGUUUCAACUUUUAGACUGACAGUCCUCGUUCUACAUUCUUUCAUUUUUACUUUGUCUUUUUCUCUUUUACAUAGUGUGAUGGAUGUGUGGAUAAUGGUUUAUUUUAAUCAUGUGUGAGGCUGGCGCGUGAUCAGAGGCAAGUGACGUACUGAAGGGCGCGAGCACGUCUCUGCUACCAUGGUAACAUCAAACGUUACAAAGGAACGGAAAGAGUGUCAGUUUUAGCGGUAUGUCUCAGAGUCAGUCUUCACGGACACCCAGGGGAAUGAGGCCGGGGACCAGAGUCGCUGACGGGCGUAAAAUGCGCACCUUGUUCGCGGAGGAUCCGGAGUGGUCGCUGGCACUGGUUCCUUCACUAACAACACUCUGCCUACAGCAUAUUAUAAAACACUUUGAAGAGAACCCCAUUCUGGAUGAACUCAAGCCCAAGUAUAAAGCAUAUGUCCUCCAGCGACUGCCAGAGUCUCUUCCCUUGACCGUCUGCGCAAACCUCAUCAGCGAUGAGAGCUACUGGAAGCGCUGCUGUGAACGUCGCUGGCGUAUCUGUGACGUCUCCUCAUACGGCAACAGCUGGAAACGCAUGUUCUUCGAGCGUCACUUAGAGAACAUCGUUGAACUCUUCAUCCCAGAUGAAACUGACACCAAGACAGUCCUGUGUCUGGUGCCACUGUGUCGAAACUACGUAAAGCGCCUUAAUAUCACUCAGCUGCUGCCGCCCAUCAAAGAGCCGGCCAGUUUUGACGAGGACGAUCGUUCGGAUUGUGCCAGUGAUCUGGGCAGUGAAGGACCCUCCAUUGAUCACUUUGAUUUCCGCAUUCUGCUCGACAAACUCCCGAACCUGGAAGAGCUCAGCGUGGUGUAUGGAGUGAAAGCAUGCGGCAUGAACUUUGAGUGGAACUUGUUUGAGUUCACCUUCAGAGACUGUGAAUCCCUGGCAAAAGCCCUCAAUUCCUGCAAGACUUUACAGGUCUUCAGGAUCCAUCGCAGUAGGGUGGACGAUGAGAAGUGUUGCCUGCUUGUGAGUCAGUUGCUGGAUCACCCGUCCCUGCAGGAGCUGGACUUUUCCCAUAAUCACAUCAGCGACCGCGGAGCCCGAGCCAUCGGGAAACUUCUGAACCGUAGUCAGCUGAAGAGGCUGGUCGUCUGCAACAACCAGAUAAGAGCUUCAGGAGCUCAGGCUCUGGCUCAUGCUCUGGCCAGAAACGCCACGCUGAUGUCCCUCAACCUGAGGCUUAACCACAUCGGGGAUGAAGGGGGUCAAGCUCUGGCUCAGGCUCUGAUCAAGAACAAGACUUUAGUGAACCUUCACCUGGAGGGAAAUAACAUGUCGGAGCCCUCGGCCGCGGCGCUGUCUCAGGCUUUGGCGGAGAACGGGACCCUCAAGAGCCUAAACCUGUCCAACAACAGACUGGGAGUCGACGGAGGAAAGCUUCUGGAGGAAGGGAUGUCCCACAACAGCAGUCUGGUGGAGUGUGACGUUCGGGUGACCGAUGUGGGUCAGGACAGUUUGCUCUGCAUCAAUGAGGCUCUAUCCGCCAAUCAGGUCCAGGCCCGCAAACACAAUCACAACUAUGGUACCAAUGCCGAAGUCUGAGCCGUACAUGCUGUGCCUGCCAGCGAAUCACUACAGGCCACUGAAAACUCAUUCAAAAAUAACCAAACCAUUACUCUUAAUAGAGCUAUUAUCCUUAAACAAUGAAAUUAAAAUGCAUUCGGACACCUUCAACAUUUCUCACAUUAUUAGAAAAUGGUUUAGAAAAUGGUAAUAAAAUGAUGAACUCAAA